CUGCUUGAUAAGUAACCGGCCACUCUUCUCCAGCCCAUAUAUACUGGAGCAUGAAACACCACUUUCUAGCCCAUCUAUACUGGAGCAUAUCUUGACCGUCAUGCCGUGAUGGCAUAUGCUGCAGGUGAUCCAGCCCUACUACUAACAUUUUCUUAGAAUGACUAGAAUACACAGUGCUAGAUAAUAUUAUUAUUUGCUAUUUUAGUGCUGUAAAUCUGACACGGUCACCAGUCACCACCACCAACCCUAAAUUCGGAUGUGCUUAAAUGGUUAAGCUACACUUGCACUGACCUCUUGAUAGUAGGUAGUUCAAAAUCCAUCAGUAUGUUCCCACAACUAUCUACUCUAAUAUUUAUAUUCACUUGUAGCCAUAGCUUUUUAUGUUGUUUUCCUUUUCACAUUUUCGAAAAAUAAUUUUUAGGACAGCGACAGUAUUAUACUCAUUUGAUUCCCAUAUAACCAACCUAAACACUUUAUCUUAGCCUGUACUGUAAACCUUAUUUAAAUGUUAUUCAGAUAUCAUUUUGCUUAGCUAUUUCAAAAAAAAAAAAAUUGACUUUGUGCGGUAGCUAGCCAGUAUCUCUACUACCAAAGUGUAGUAGCAUUGGGAUUAUAGCUACCCACUGUCCCAAGCAACAUUGGAAGAAUUGAACACUUCAACUCCCAGAUGGCCAGAUUUAGGUUGUCGGAACUAGAAUACAAUGCCAAGGUCUGUGUCCUCAUAAUAGAAAAAAAGCUAACACACAUCACCAUCACCAAUGGUCAUCUUAGCCUUCAACCUGGAAGAAGGAACCAUACUGGGCCUAUCUGAAUUUCUCGGUGGAACAGCAGGUCUUUGCCCAAAUUCUCUCCUCCUUCCUUGGAUGGCAACAGCAGCACAAUCAACAAGGGGAACACAGAAGGUAGUGAGGAUUUGUUGCAGGGUGCUAGCAGUGAUCCUAGCACAGUCAACUUGGCCUUUCUCCAAGGGUGUUGGGUGCGAUGGGAAAAAAGUCUUGGUGACGUGGGAAAAUUCUUGAAGGGCAUGGAAGAGGCUAGUGAGUUCUUGCCUUAGGGAGUAGGGACAACAGCUUCAAAAAGGACGAUCACAUAUAUUUGUUCAGUAAAGCUUCAUAUCAGCUUGCACACCUUAUUUAAAUACGUUUUGCAUUGAACAACAGAAUAUAUUCUUGCUUUCACAGCUUCGAUAGGUAAAAUAAAAUAGGAUAUCUUUGUUAAUUCGUGCAGUAUCUAGCCAACAAAUUACAACAUUGGGAUCAUCGAACGCCUUCACUCCUAAUACCCACAGGUUGUUGAAAACAUCUAGCGAACCACCAUACCCAUUUACAAUGUCUAACCUCCUCAUGAUGGUAUAUUAACCAGAAGCUCCUAAGCCCACACCACACCAUGGCUGCCACCCCAGAGGAAUUCUUUGCUGAGGGUCUCAUGGAGCCUUCACCAUCAUCCCCGUCUGUCUUCCUCGACCUUACCCCGAUAUCUGAUCCCAAUACAGCCGAUGAGGGCCAGCUCUCCCAUGAUGACCUGAUGCUCCCUUACAUCUCACGCAUGCUCAUGGAGGACGACAUCGAUGAUAAGCUCUUGUGCCAAUACUCUGAUCACCCUGCACUGCUCCUGGCGCAACAGCCCUUCACUCAGAUCCUCUCCUCCCCUUCCACUGGUACCAACAAGGAUGACACAGCCAACAAGGACAGCAUGGAUCAAGGCAAUGAUUUGUUGCUGGCUAGUAGUGGUGAUGAAAGCACUCUCAGCUUGGCCUUAUCCAACAGUGAAUAUGUGGUGGGGGAGUUCUUGAAGGGCAUGGAAGUUGCCAACAGGUUGUUGCCAAGAGACAACAGUUUUGUAAAGGACCAUCAAAUGAGUCAAAUAGUCAUCAGAAGCAAACGUAAGCAUAUGGAGGAGGAGGUUGGCAGGACCAGCAAGAUUUUGAUGAUGACGGAGGUGCCAGAAGAGACUGGCAUCCAUGAGGUGCUUGACAAUAUGAUGAUGGCUGGACAUGACACAUUGGUCAGGGACAUGGAGAAGUUGCGUAUCGCCAUGGACAUUAAGGAGGAGAAGAAGAGCAGAAAGGGUUGUAACAAGGUUAUGACUACGGGGGAUAUGGUCGACCUAAGCACUUUGUUGAUCCGUUGUGCGCAGGCAGUGGACACAAACAAUUAUUUGGUUGCAGGUGAGUUGCUGAAUCAGAUCAAACAGCACGCUUCAACAACAGGGGAUGCCACACAACGGUUAGCUCAAUGUUUCUCCAAGGGGCUGGAGGCGCGGUUGAUGGGAACGGGAAGGCAGCUUUGGAAGUCGCUCAUGGCAGAGCGUCUUUCAGCUGUGGAGUUCCUCAAGGCUUACAACCUUUACAUGUCAGCCUGCUACUUCAACAAGGUGGCAUACAUUUUUUCCGCACUGAGCAUUGCGCAAGUCAUGAAGGGAAAGAGCAGGUUGCACAUUGUAGACUACGGUAUCCAUUGCGCAUUCCAGUGGGUAGGUUUGGUCCGCUGGCUGGCAAAUAGGGAAGGUGGACCGCCGCCAGAGAUGAAGAUUACUGCCAUGUGCUUGGCCCAGCCUAGUUCUUUUCCAGUUCAGUGGAUUGAUGAGCAACGGUACCGGCUCAGCAAGUAUGCUAGUGAGCUUGGUUUGACAUUCGUGUUUGAAGCCAUCACAACAGAGUGGGAGAAAGUUUGCAUCGAGAACCUGAACUUAGAUGCAGAUGAGGUGGUUGUCGUGAGUGACCUCUUUAAUUUCAGCACCUUAAAGGAUGAGAGCAUAUACUUUGAUAGCCCAAACCCUAGGGAUACUGUCCUCAGUAAUAUCAAGAAAAUGAGGCCAAAUAUUUUUAUCCAGAGCAUUUUGAAUUGCUCACAGGGAUCCUGCUUCUUGUCACGGUUCCGGGAGAUGCUGUUCUAUUACUCGGCACUGUUUGACAUGUUGGAUGUAAUUGUCCCACGGGAGAGUGAAUUACGAUCGGUGCUGGAGCAGGACUUGUUUGGGAGUUGUGCACUGAAUGGCAUCGGCUGUGAGGGUGUUGACCUUGUGCAACGCCCUGAGAAGUAUAAGCGGUGGCAAUCUAGAAACCAACGGGCAGGCCUGAGGCAGCUGCCACUGAGACCAGUUGUCGUGAAGGUACUGAAGGACAGGGUCAAGAAGCACCACCACAAGGAGUUUUUGCUCUGUGAGGAAGGCCAGUGGCUGCUGCAAGGAUGGAAGGGGCGUGCCCUCUUUGCUCACUCAACAUGGGUAGUAGAUGAUGGAUCUUCUAAAUGAAGCUUUAGUUUCUUGCUACUUAGCGAUACCAUAAACUUCUGCAUCUCCCUGAGAAGCACCUGGCUGUGUCUACCGUUUGUCGAACUGUUUAGUCGUUCAGUGCCAGUGCAGCGGACGGCUGCUGAAAAGCAUUUUAUGUAUGUCCUAGUUAUUUCCUGUAGUCAGGACUUAGUAUAGACAACUAUCAGCACCUUUCUCCAUGUGUUUUGAUCAAGCACCGAGGAGGAAGACAGAUUGUUCAAUUUGGCAGUACAUCUUGUUCUGUUAUUACUUUUUUCAGCGACCAAUUGCUCAAGUACAUCAUGUUAGAAUGUUCAAUGUUGGCAUUGACCUCAGAAGAAGAAAGGUAUUCGGCGCUAAUUCUUGCAUGUUGAUUCUAUUGUCCGAGAAGUAGUUUCACAUGUAAGUUUAAGGACAACUUCUUUUGCAGAAGUUAGUAAAAUUUACUGUAUGCAUGUGUUGAGUUGAAUCUCAGUAAGCUGAAGACCCUUUCCAAGGGUAAAUUUACUAGUGCUACAGUACCAUAUUUUUGAUGAAUCCUGCAGCAUUGUUGUGUCUCUGCUAUU